AUGAUCGCACUGCUGCGUGUGUCCUUGGCAUUCCUUUGCAACUUUGCCAGCGGCCCUGCAACGGUGCUAAGCAACAAGUCGGUCUUCACGCAUGCUCAGUUCCAUUAUCCUGUGGCGUUGACAAUUUGCCACUAUGUGUUCACGUGGCUGACGGUACGACUCCUAGCUCGCUUUGGCGUGUAUGAGAGGAUGUCGCUUCAGCUGCUGUCUCCGGCCAAAACCGACACUCCCGCCAAAGCAAUCAUCUGCUUGAUCGUGGUAUGGAGUCUCUACAACAUUGCGUCGAAUGCUUCCUUGUCCCAGAAUUCGGUUGGCAUGUAUCAAAUGGUGAAACUGCUGAUGACUCCAUUCGCGGUGCUGUGGGACUUUGCCAUGUAUGGCAGAAAACCUACGGCUUGGCAAGCUGUCCUGCUCACGAUGGCGGUUUUUGGCAUCAGCCAGUGCACUGUUUCUGGUAUCCAGAACGGCGAAGUCACACGUUUUGGUCUGGCAGUGGCGCUACUGUCGACACUCUUCGCAGUGGUCCAGAAAGGUUUGACUACCCACGUGGUGCAGUACACCUCUGUGAAGCUUUCCCCACUCCAGCUGUUGGAAUUUGCAAUGCCGUGGAUGGGCCUGAUCACUGUUGUCAGCGCGAUCGUGCUGGAGGACGUGACAGGUGUCCUGACAUAUCAGCCGAGCGGCCUCCGCAGCCUUGCGAUAUUGCUCUCAUCAGUUUGCGGCAUGCUGGCAAAUGUUUCCUCGACCUGGGUUUUGGGCUUGACGUCUCCCAUCGCUCACAUCCUGCUGGGUCAGCUCAAGACGGUCACAGUUCUUCUCGGCGGAUUUGUCUUCUUUGAUGCUCGGCCCAGCCUGAGAACUCUGCUGGGUGCCUUCUGUACGCUUUUGGCCAUCACAAUGUACGCCUUGAGCAAGACGUUCAAGAGCGACAAGGAAGCCACGAGCUCUGCGAGCACCCGCGUAGACUGCGACGACGAGGAAGCCGCCCUGAAGGUUGGUGAAGGAAAGCUUCCGAGUUCAAUCCGGACGUCAGAAGUUUGA